AUGGAAUCGAUUCAAGACGAUGGUGAUAUUGAUAAGGAUGACAACAAUGAAGAAGCAUAUGCCGAGGAGCAUUUAUUAGAUCCCGACGAGCUCGAAGAUGAGAAUACAGAAUACGAUGCUUUGAAUCUUGGAACGGAAAUCAGUGAGGAAGGCGAUUGCUUGGAUCACAGUUGCGAAAAAUCCUGUACAUCGGACGAAGACAAAGCAACUACUUUAUUUUCUGUCAGUCUUGUUGUGUCUUUACGCGACUUUAAAGGACAAACUUCUGGUGAGGAACUCGAAACAUGGGUUAUACGCGCUAAUAGCGUUGAUGAAUUCUUGCACAGUGUUUGGGAGAAGGCCAAAAAGCAUCUCAUACGACACAUUGUAGCUGUUUGUGAUGACGAAGGUAGUGUAACCUACACCUGGAGCACGAAGAAAGCAAUUGACGAAACAGAUUUAGUUCAUUUUGCGUUGUUCUACGAUAAACAAAAUCGUCGAACAAUGACUGUGGAUAAAAUAACAACAAAAAUUCUGCAAAACUGGCGAACUAAAUCUUCCGUAGAGUUACUGCUCCAUAAAUACUCACUGACCGUAAACUCCAAGGCUGUGUGGAAGAAAGUGGAAAAAACUUUGAUCGAUACAGUUCCAAAAAAUCGGGGAGGUGCUGCUACUACUGAACACGCUCAGGAGCUGGCAAAAGAGUUACGACUGAUGCACGGACAUCUUUGGAAUGGACACGAAAUAGCGUGGAACAUCUGGGCAAAUACAAUAUUAACUGCACCGGCUUAUCAACAUGAAUCAUUAAAGAAUGAUGCGACUCCUCCGACAGCUAGCUGCUUGGAUUUGUUUUCGUUUAGUGAAGGCGAACAUAUUCGACGAAUCCGUCGCGAGUAUCGUGUUGCGCACAAUAUUAACGAUGGUUAUCAAGCUGACGUUCAAAAGAUUAUGGAUGCAUUCACUGCAGUCAAAAAUAUGCAUCAAGAGCAAACGCGACAAAUUUCCGUUAUGGAACGUCUUUUGGAAAAUUUGAUGCUGAGGAGCCAACUGGGAGAAUCAUUCAUAAGUUCUGCUGAGUCAGCCUUGAAUGUAAAAGAGAGUGAUUUUUCCGGUACCAUUUCAUCUAAAGUUCAGGAUGCCGAAGAUAUUGACCACACAAUUUAA